UACUUGAUCGACCCUCUCUCCCUCCGAGGCCCUGGUUCGCUCUCCCUCGUCGCUUGUUGGGCCGCUCACUUCCGCCUUCGGCGGACACUUGGCCCGCCACUGAGUCGUCUGCCUUCGAUUCUCGGAGCUGUACAGGUCCCCGCGUGUGCCAUCCACCUCGACUCGCUGGGAUACCGUCCGUCGCCUCCUGUAGCGGGUGUCGCCGGAUGAUGUUGUGCGCGAACAGGCCCCAGUUCGACUCGAGAGACUAGCAGCUCAGUAGUGAACUGCGCAGGCCCUGGUUCGUGCAGUAGAGCGGUUGUCGCCGUCGAUCCUCUCUUGCCCAGCUCGGCCUCCUCCAACUGCUCCUUGACGCGGAACUCGGCAUGGUCGCCGUCGGCAGUCUUAUACCUUGCCUCCGGAAGCCCGGGCGUGCGCCUAGGACUGGUCGCUCUAUACGCCCACCUGUCAAGGCCAUCCUCGACCCUGGUUCUUUCCGGCUGUCCGCGUCUACGCGUCUCCUCCGCGUGCUGUCGGCGGACAUCCCGGCAACUGACUGCCUCGAAAACCCGUCGCACGGCCUCCAUGCACGCUCCGACCUGUCCUUGUUCCCUCCGGCCCGCGUCGAAGUCGGUGUUCACUAUCCCCCUUCCGGGUCUACCUGCAAACGACCUCCUAACACCGUUCUGCGCGACUGCCGCACUCGCCAUCGCACCCGCGAAGGUUCCCUGGGCUCUCGCUCGACCCUCCUUGCUGGUACUACCGUCCGCGCUCCCUCCGCAGUCACAUGUUCCUCCUCCGUGGAAGUCUCUCCGCGCCGUCGUGUUCCCUCCGUAGUCUGCUCCCGCAGCUCCACGUCCUCGCCUCGAGCUACAAUCUCUCGUCUCUCAGCCUUCAGUGGGUCCUUGAACUCGCCUCGCUGCUUCCAGCAGGGGACAUCCUUGAAUCCCGCCGUUGUCGCGCUCGCGCUUGCUCGACCCUCACUCCUGUCCGCCGCGCUUCGAUCUCCUUCGUUCCUUCCAUGCUGGGUGCUUCGCUCGCUUAGCCGUACGUCCGCCCAAUCCGCGUCCGCCCGCUCUCGGUCCUGAGCCUCGCCCGCAGUUCCUUCCGCGAGGUGAUUAUAGGCAAUUGCUGUAUGUCCCGCACCUCGUCGCGUAAAUCUUCCCGUUGACCUGUGUCCGGUCGUCCGCGUUCCUUCCGCUCGCUCCUCCCGUACCUCCCGUUGGCCGACUGGACUUGCAGUCCAUUUUCUCGAUCCAUCCAGAGACUCAUCCCGCUCUUGCUGUUUCCUCCGGCGCACCUCCAUCCCUGAGCUCGUCCGUGCCGUACCCGC